UUAAGGCAUAGAAUCAUCAGUGAGUUGGAUCAAUCUAGGCUCAUUGCAUAAUUUUUUCAGUCAGUCGAUUCUUAAAAAUAAAUAAUUAAAUUCCAUUUGAAAUGGCUGGUGAAGGUGAAAAAUUGACUGGACUUUCCAAGCACUUUAAUGCUGUAACAUACACAGGACGUGCUAAUGUUGCAAAGGCUACAUAUGCAGUCAUGGGUCUUGUAAUCGCCUACAAUAUCCUUAAACCUAAGAAGCAAAAGUAAACUCGUUCUGAUUCUUAAAAUUUCAAUUUUUAAUUAAGUCUGAAAGUGUAAGGAUAAAAUCGUAAUAAAAAUGUGAACAGCCGUUAUAAAUAAAAAGCUAGUAAUACGCAUUAAUUAUAGUAGAA